CAGCAAUGUUGACAGGGCAUAACAACACAGUCUUUGUGCAACGCAUUUUCUUUACUAUCAACCAAUUAAAACAGAAAAUUAAACAUUUUCCAUGCCAAACAAUAACUAAUUGCACAACAGCUCCAACCAGCAGACACUGAAGGAGCCGCAACGCUUCGUGGCUGGACAGAAUGACGGCGCGCAAUCCCCAAACAUUGAUGGCGCUGCCCAGCGAGGAGAAUUUUGAUUUCCUCUUCAAGAUCGUGCUAAUCGGGGACUGUUGCACGGGCAAGACAUCCAUAUUGCAACGCUUCAAGACGGGCAACUAUGUGGAGCGUCACGGGAACACAAUCGGCGUCGACUUCUCAAUGAAAACCAUUGAGGUCGAGGGCAAACAAGUCAAGCUACAAAUCUGGGAUACUGCCGGCCAGGAGCGCUUCCGCACCAUUACCCAGAGCUACUAUCGUGCCAACAACGGCGUCAUAAUUGUUUACGACAUCACAAAGCGAUCGACGUUCGCCAAUUUACAGAAAUGGAUUGAGGAGGUGCGCAGGUAUACGGCUUCCAAUGUGCUCAUCAUAUUGAUUGGCAACAAAUGUGAUCUCGAGGAGGAGCGUGAGGUGGACUUCGAGGAGGCGCGCCAAAUGUGUCAGUAUAUACCUGAAAUUCUGUUCGUUAUGGAAACAUCCGCCAAGGAGAACACCAAUGUGGAAGACGCCUUUCGCUGUCUGGCCACCGAACUGAAGCGCCAACACGAUGCCAGCAGUGUGCAGGACGACAUGGACGUCAACACCGUGCAGCUGGGCCAGAGUAAGCCGCUCAAGAGUUGUAGCAGCUCGUGCAAUCUCACAUAGACAUCUCAAUUAAAUUUGCUUUCCGUUUUUUCUUUUAUUUUGUGAUCAUAUUUUCGUGUGGCUAUAAUUUAGUAUUUAUAUAUAUAUAUGUAUUUUAAUCUUGAAACUGUUAAUUUUUUUGUGUGCAAACUUAAUUUAUUCAUUUAACAUACAUACAUACAUAUUUAUAUAUAUAUUUAUUUUGGUGGCUAGAGUACAAAACAAUCUCACACAUCACAUGAACAACGGCAAAUGCAAAUGCAAAUGCAAAUGCAAAUGAAUUAACGACGUCAAUUACAAUAUGCAUUAUGUUCAGUUUGUAACAGUAAAAAUACGUCCAAUUCUGUAUGUGUAACGAAACAAUUUUCGAAAUAAACUUGUUUAUUUUAUAAAUUUA